UUUUGUCACUACUUUCAAAGAACUUGGAGUUGGUAUUGACAGUCAAGUUUGUGAACAGUCAAACGUGGGACGUUGGGACAAAUAUUUACUAUUGCCUCAAACUUGUGAUCAAAAUACAACAAAACUAUCAAUUUUAAAAAUAAGAAAAACCGAUAACUAGUAAUGUUUUGUGAGGAUUAUACCGUUAGCUGUUUCGAUACACAAAUACUUUAAAUUAAUAUUAAUAAUUGGUAACCAAUGUCUAUCCUGAUGUCAGAAAAUGGUGAGGAGAGAACUGUUUGCUCAUCAAAUUCUUCAGAAGCUAAAGCUCCAACUGAAGACAUGAAAGCACCUUCGAUAGCCACAAGAAAUUCUUUUUCUAUAGCUAGCAUCCUAAGUAGAGAUGAUCCGAAAAAAGAAUUUCAUGUUGUUCCAAAUGAUGUCAAUACCUGCCUUGCCAGAAGGAACUUUCAGAAUAUUGCAUUUGAACCACGUCUGGCGAUUAUGCGACACGCGCAGAACUUUUGUAAUCAUCAACAACAUGCAUAUGUGAAACAGAUAUAUCCUCAUUAUGCAUGGAAUCCUGUUUCAACUCGAGAAGAGAAUAGGAACAAUAAUUCAGAGAGUCCUCCUACCUCUCAGCAAGUAUCCUCCUCACCAUCCUUUCAUUCUCCCUAUCGUUUGGAUUUGAACAAUUCCAGUAGAUCUCCCAGCCCCAAUACAGCCUCAGCUUCUCAAUUGCGGCCUGACUCUGGAGGUUCAGACUCAGAACAUGAGACUGGUUCCAAAUCUUUAUGCGCAGGUGAUGGAUCCGGUCAAGGUGAUGACAAGAAAACUAAAACUCAUCGGAGGAAAAAGAAGACAAGAACAGUUUUUACACGCAGCCAAGUAUACCAAUUGGAAGCCACAUUUGAAAUGAAACGGUAUCUUUCUAGCUCAGAGCGAGCUGGACUCGCAUCUUCAUUGCACCUGACUGAAACUCAGGUCAAGAUCUGGUUUCAAAAUCGACGUAAUAAGUGGAAACGCCAAAUGGCAGCUGACAUAGAAGCUGCUAACUUGCAUGCAGCAGCAACUCAAAGACUUACUAGGGUACCUAUUUUGUACCAUGAGAGAGCAAGUGGAGGAACAUCUCCUAUUCCAGGGAAUGGACUGCCCGUGGUGAGUGCUGCUGCAACAGCAUUUUCUAAUUAUCCGGCUUUAUUUUAUCCACCUUAUGCGGCAGUCCAACCAACAGCUGUUCGUCCCACGCUUUCUGGAAUGGGAUGAAAAGCUCAAUUAUAGGACAAUUAUUUAACUAACGUUGUAAAUAGAUUCUGAGUAUAGUUAAACAAAAAUAUUUAUUGUAUAUAGAUAAAAACAAUAUCAUAGCAUUUUCUGAGAAGAAACCUUUUUUGUACUUUUUGAACCAAACAUGAAAGUUAUAGUUUACUGAGGAAGCAGAAAAUGCUGCAGUUUGAUUCGGCUUUGUGAAUUAUUCGUCACAUACUGAAGAACUUUUAAUAAUAAAAACUGAUUUAAUAUCACUUUAAACAAUCAUAUAUAUUUAUGCGAAUUAUUCAUAAAUCUGUGUAAUGAAUAUUGUGUUUUGCAAACUAAUGCACAUUUAUUUCACACUUUUACUUAAACUUGAGAUUUAUUUCCGUUAUUCGACACAUUGAAUAUUGGAAGUAAUAAAAUUAGUACUUAAAGCUUCGCAUAGUAUAAAGAUUAAAAAAGAAUUGUUUUUAUUUAAGUAAUUAGGCUGUUAUCUUGGAAAGAUAAGCAUUAUUCUCAGUGCUUAAAAAAUUUGCAUUUAUGUUCUAAAUUAAACUGUUUGGAUGUUUUUUUUGAUGUACAGAAUGGUUUGUGAUUUGCAAAAAAUUUAAAAUGCAAAAUAAUUUACAAUACUUGAAUUACUGUGAUUUUACUUGAAUUACUAUGUAAUUUAAAUGUUGAUAAGUACAUAAUGUUUCUUCUUUACAGUAAAUUAUUCGUAAAACUAUAAUUUUCAAAAAAGCCAAUAAUUAAAAUUUGUAAGUUUAAAAUAAUUUAGAUUAUUUAAAAAGCGCUGGUGAAUUCUGAUUACCAGGCCAGCAUUUUUUUUGCGAAACUGAUGAAAAUCUUUGAAAAAAGUAGCUUUGAGUAUUUUAAAAAAAAUAUCAGUCAAUUUAUAA